GCAAUCUUACAUUACAUUCUUCACAAUUGGCAUGGCAUCCUAUAUAAUUUUUUUUUUCCAAUUGAUUUCCUAUAUAAGCUUACAUUUUGCUCCGCAGAAGUGUAUCUCUGGAAGAAAAUCUACAUUGUGAAGUGAUUACAUAACAGAAUAAGUGCAUCCAUGACUGAAGGAUUAAAGAUUCAUGACAAUAAAAAGAGUGAUAGAAGUGAAGAAGAAGAAGAAGCCGAAAACACAUCAUCAAUGUCUUUGCAGAAACUUUCAUCCUUCGAUUUGAACGAAGAAGCCAACACCGAAGUCGAUGAUCAUGGCGAUACUGAGGUUGCUGAUCACCUCAGUAUUGAGGAUGGGGAGAAAACAGUAGAAGGGAAUUCUGAAAAUGAUAGUAAUAGUGGGGGAGGAAAGGAAAAGAAGACUAAAGUUCGACAAUAUGCUUGUUCGAGAAUGCCUCGGUUACGUUGGACUCCUGAACUCCAUUUCUCCUUUGUCCAUGCCAUUGAAAGACUUGGUGGGCAUGAGAAAGCGACACCCAAAUUACUGCUACAGUUAAUGAAUGUAAAAGGACUUGGCAUUGCGCACGUAAAGAGUCACUUGCAGAUGUAUAGAAGUAAGAAACUUGAUGAUUCUGGGCAAGUUUUAUGCCAAAGAAGUAGAGUGAUGCAAGGAAGAAAUUACUUUCCAGGCAUUUUGAGUCAAAGGACUAGUCCUCUUCAGAACUUGAGAAUGGAAAGUGGUGGGAUUGUUCUGGCAAGGAAUUCUUUAGAAGGCCAUCAUGCUCAGAUUCUUCCACAACAUCCUUUCUCCACUGCUUUUGAUCUCAAAGCUGUUUCUUCAAGACAGCAAGAAUUGUUGUCAGACAUGAGAAGACCAAGUUCUCUCAUAAGCAAAGACACAAGUCAAAACAACAACCUGAUCAACACAAUGAUGUUUCAAAAUCAAGACAAUCCAUCUCCUUUGAAGAACAUUCAUGUCAUGGAUAUAAGCACCAAAAAUGGACCCUUGAGACCAAGCCAGUUUCUUGAAGAGAAGUGGCCUCCAAGUGAAAUCAUUGAAAAUCAAUGGAAAGCGAAAAGGAUUCAGUCCCUCAUUCAUCAAAACAGUACAACAUCAAGGUCUACUGGGGCAGCCUUCUUCAUGCAGCAAGCUGAGUGGAAAUGGAGAAGCAGCACAAGGAUUAGACAAUUUCACUCCCACAUGCCUAAUCCUAAGAUCAAGUCCCACAUACUUGAGCCUCAGUUUGAGGCCCCGUUUCGACUUGAGGAGAAAAACCGGAAGCAUAAGGAAUGGUUGCCUGAUUUACAGCUAGGAUUGAGCAGAAACUCAGGGAACCAUGAGGAGAAGACUCCUAGAAAGAGCCUUCCAGAAAUCAACACCAUGCUUUCUCUCUCUUUGUCCCCAAGUUCUUCAAGGCAAACAAGAAGAACCAAGCAAUGAACCCUCAAAAAUUCCCAAGCAGAAACUUGGACUACUGUCAUAUAUAUAGAUAGAGCACUGGGCUUCAUGGAGGCUGAGUACUUGAGAUCUGACCAUGCAUGUUAAGAAACAUAGGAGUGAGAUCUUCCAAGUACUUGUCCUGAAAGCCACUAUAGUCAUGGUUUUGUAUUUGGUUUUGCAACAAAAUAAAUUCUUUUGGGUGAAUUGCUAUAGAAUAAGUUAUAUAUUAGAUCACCAUAAGAAACUUGGAAAAAGGGUAUAAUGUUUUUUUGAGUGUCUUAUUUUUUUGAAAAAUGUUAUGUUUGUCCGUGUCAGAUCGUAUUCGU